GCACUUUAAAUAACAACUUGAAAGACUGCUGGACAACAGAUUGUUAAUUCCUUAUUGAAGAUAACAUUUUAAGUAUCUUAAAAUUAAACAUGGCUCAAAAUGUUUCCAGAAAAACAAUCAAUGAAUUUGUUAUCACAGGAUUUGAUAAUUUUGAAAAACCAAUGAUUCUUGGAAUUGUCAUACUUACUGUAUACAUUCUUGUAAUGCUUGGGAACCUGGCAAACGUAUGCUUUAUUGUUAUGGAUAAACAUCUACACCAGCCAAUGUAUCUCUUCAUUUGCAAUUUAGCAAUAGUAGACAUGCUCUAUUGUACAUGUUCAUGUCCAACUAUGAUAGGGAACCUUUUAGUUGGCUUUAAAACUAUAUCUUAUGUACCAUGCAUUAUUCAGAUGUUUGUGUUUGGUUUAGGCUUUGUGAUGGAGGUGUUUACUAUUUCUGUCAUGGCUUUUGACCGAUUACUUGCCAUAAUCAAGCCACUGCGCUACCCUUCAAUUCUGACAAAUGUUCGUUCUGUUAUUCUCACUUCUUUCUUGUGGAUUCUAGGUACUGCUACAAUAGCUGUCAUGCCUGGAACUGUUAUUUCUCUACCAUUUUGUUUCACAACACUUAAAUUCUUGUUUUGUGACUAUGGAUCUGUUGUCAGAGCCACUUGUGUAGAUCCUAACCCAUAUUUUGAUUUGAUGGCAAUUUUAACUUUUUUUCUGCUGUUUGGGACAUUCAGUUUCAUCUGUGGGUCUUACAUAAUGAUAGUUAUUGUUGUUGUCAAAAUGACCUCAAAAGGUAGCAAGAAAAAAGUGUUUAACACAUGCUUCAGUCAUUUGAUAGUUGUAGUGUGCUAUUAUGGCCCUACUUUUAUUAUAACCAUUUUAACUAGGACAGGUAUAGUUCUCACAAUAGAGGAGCGACAUGGGCUCAGAAUUGGCACCAUUCUUGGUCCGUCCUUAGUAAAUCCUUUCAUAUAUUCUUUUAGAACCAAAGAGAUCAGAGACAAAAUCUUGAGAAUUGUGUCUAAAGUUGGACCAACCAAAGAAUAA